AUGGCGCAAGCAAGUGGAACUUAUAAUAAUCCCCUGAAGAAGUUCAAACUGGUCUUCCUUGGGGAGCAAAGUGUUGGCAAGACUUCUCUUAUUACACGUUUCAUGUACGACUCUUUCGACAAUAUGUACCAAGCAACCAUCGGUAUAGAUUUCCUAUCCAAAACAAUGUAUCUUGAGGAUCGAACUGUGCGGUUACAACUAUGGGAUACCGCGGGACAAGAGAGAUUUCGAAGUUUAAUCCCUUCAUACAUUCGCGAUUCGAGUGUAGCAGUGGUGGUUUAUGAUAUCUCAAAUCGAAAGUCUUUCCAAAACACAAGAAAAUGGGUGGAUGAUGUCCGGGGGGAACGAGGAAACGAUGUCAUUAUUGUGUUAGUCGGCAACAAGACAGAUUUGAACGACAAAAGAGAAGUCACAACAAGUGAGGGUGAAGAGGAGGCAAAGAAGAAUAACUUGAUGUUCAUUGAAACGAGUGCAAAACUCGGUCACAAUGUGAAGACUCUAUUCAGGAGGAUAGCUCAGGCUUUACCUGGAAUGGAAGGCGCGGAUAAUGCUGCAACAACGAACCAAAUGAUCGAUGUUAAUGUUAACCCAACUCCUACAAACCAAGAAGGAUGUGCGUGCUGA